AUGGAUGUCAUAGAGGAGAAUAUGUCACCAAAGGAGAUGCUUGAGAAAAUAGCUGAGCUGGAUUACAGUCAGAGCCAGCUGAAGGAUCUGAAUGCUAAGAUGAGGCACUGGCUGGAUGUUGCAGAUGAUGACAUUGCAGUGCUGCGCUCAGAAAAUGCAACACUAAGAAAACAACUCAAAAACCUCCAACAAGAAAGAGACCAGGACAAGAUCAACUUAAGCAAGCUCAGGGUUACACUUCAAAACUUUGAGUUUGAAAUCGAAGAGGCUCAGUUAGGGCUACAGCGUAGGGAUGAGGUUAUUCAUCAGAGAGACUUGCAGUUGACGCAUUUGGAUGAAACUGUUAAAGAGUGUUCCGACAUCAUAAAGGAUCUCAGGCUGACAAACGAGGAGCAGAGGCAACAGCUGGAGGACAGACGAGACGAGGCCUAUAUUGACAGUCUGACUGACAGGAUGAGUGAAAACGAACAACUGGUCAUUCCCCCUCCAUCCUUAGCCGAGGAAAUAUGGCUGGCCUCAUCAGCUGAAGUGAAAACCAGCAUGGCGGACUCCACAGAGCUCAGACAUGAGGAAAGUGAAGCAGAGGAGCUGCUGAAACCUUCCAGUGUCACAGCUGACCAUCAGACCAAAAGGUGUGCAGGUACCUUGCAGACAGCCAUCCAGAAAACAGGGCAGUUCGCUUUGUGCAUCCUCAUCCUGACCUUUUUGGCCGUCCUGGCUUCAGGAAGCUGUGCAGGAAACAGUGACUUUUUUUCUGUCAACUCUUUGUGGAACGGUGUGCGCCUGAUGUUGCAGCCCUAUUGCCGCGUCCACUAUGGGGCCUUACCUCCUAUGUAAUCUAAACACUCC